AUGGGGCCGCCAUGUUACCCAGACAACCACACCGGCUUUACGGUGGAGCAGCAGAACGAGUUCAGCGAGCGUCUGAACAAACAGGGGCUGCUCCCUGACAAGGUCGAGGGCAUUCAGGUACCACGGCCAUUUCCCCUUCUGUGGGUACCUGUCACGAGAGCAAGAGAAUUGCAGCCAGGAUACAAUUCGAGGACCGAUCUUGUGUAUCUCCUCUCGCGCUUCCCGCCUGAUCCGUGGGGUCCUAUCUUCGAGGAGUUGCGCCACAAGUGGCAGCGGGACGAAGCCGCCUACUGGGCCAGCCAGCGGGCGCAGGGGCAUGAGCAGCAGCUGGCGGCGGGUUGGCAACAGAUCCCAUACCCUCAUCCACAGCAGGAUGAGAUGGGUGGCCAGAGCGCGCAGAUGCACGCGCAAUACUGUGAGGCCAGGAACGCGGAUGAGACACUUGCUGCCGCGCAUCGAGCAGCAGAGAAACGGCGCCGGGAUGACAUGGCGAUGGAGAGGGGAGACAGCGGUGUCGAUGUGUUGGGUAGGAACAAUGAGUCCGGGCUUGAAGAGACUUUGGCGCUCAGCCCAAACAUCGAUCCACGUUUGCUCGGCAUGUAA